GAUGAUUUUGCCCACAAUAGAGAAUUCAUAACAUUGGUAGUUUACCAGACUGGAGGAAAGAAGGUUUACUAUCCAAGUGAUCCUCCACCUUUCAUUGAUGGAAUACGAAUAAACAGCCCUCAUUAUCUUACAAAGAUCAAGUUGACAACACCGGGGACAAACACAUUUACUUUAGUGGUGUCUCAGUAUGAGAAGCAGAACACCAUCCAUUACACACUGAGGGUAUACUCCAUGUGCAAGUAUUCAUUUUCAAAGAUCCCAUUUCCAUACACACAUUACAAGAGGGUAAAUGGUCAGUGGAAAGGUCCGAGUGCAGGAGGAUGUGGAAAUUACAGAGACAGCUACAAGAAGAAUCCAGUGUACCAAAUCAGUGUAGAGAAAAUUGGACCAUUGCUGAUUGAGCUACGUGGGCCGAGGCAAUACAGUGUUGGAUUUGAAAUGGUGACGGUCUCAACAGUGGGAGACACUGAAUUCCAUAAAAAACCCAGUGGAGAUUACAGAUGUGGAUUCUGUUACUUGGAAGUUGAGCGAGUCCCUACAGGAGUUUACAAUAUCAUCCCCACAACCUUCCUGCCUGCUCAAGAAGGCCCUUUUUUCUUGGACUUCCAUAGUAUCAUCCCACUCAAGAUUUCACAGUUACAGUGAAAUGAAGAUCUGUAAUGAGCACUUUUACUCUUGAAUCAUGGACAUACCUAAUAAAAAAGUUUUUUUUUUUAGAAAAGUGACAUCUUCUCAGGCACUAAUGGAAUGUAUUCAUAGAAUUUUUUUGAGAGAGUCUAAUGGAGGAGGGUAUAGUUGGGGAAGGUUCCUGUACUUCCAAUGUCAUUCAUGUGUUAAGCAAAGUUAGUUCAAGUCUCAUACUUUUUGGGGAAAAAAUGAAGGAAUGAUGUUUUUAUGAUCAAUGUACAUAUUUUUACUGUAGAAUAUAACUGGGAGUCUUUUGCAAUUUAAUUUGCAGCUGUUUAUCCCCAGGAUUGCAAUCAGAAUAGAUUUUAAGUACUUAGUUGAAAACUGUGUUGCCAGCUCUUUACAGGAUGAUGCAAAUGUGGAAACUCAUCUCUUAACCUACCUGAAAAGCAGCUGUUGAUGUUUACUGGACUGGCUCUGCAACUUAGGGACAUGUGCAAUGUAUAUUGUAAAGACCAGUAAAUAUUUGUAAUCAUACAAACCAAUCUUUUUAUAAAAGGUGGAUACUGGUCUGGUGAUUCUAAACUCAGCUGUAUCUAUUUCUAUUUCAGAUUAUAUUUUUUAAUCCAUCUUUUGGUAUUUAGCAUGUAUAAAAAUUCAGGUUAUGCUUCCACACACUGGUUGUGGGAAAAUUGAAUUUUCAUUACAGAAGAUACUAAAUAACUUUUACUUCAUGACUGGAAACAUAGGAACUCCUCUAUUCAAGUCUGUAUAUAAACCUUGAAUUAUGAAUAAAAGUCAGCUUCUGUCAUUCA